UCUGUGGUUUUUUACCUUGUUUUAAGUUUAACCUUUAUCUAUGCUCUCAUGUGUCAACUUUUCGUUUUAUGAACGAUGUUUAUUUUGAUUACAUUUCUUGUCUACGACUGACAAUUUAUUCAACGAGCAUAGGGUAUCUUUUAUAAUUUGCCCUGGCCCCAGGCCAUUAUUCCUAAUGAAAAGGGGAACCGAUUGGAUAAAUCACAUUGACAAAUGCAGUUCGUGUUGAUUUCAGGUUAUGUGUUGCAGAAGUAAUGUUUGGCCUAAGUAAUCCUCUCUUUUCAACCUCUAUAAAGUGGCACCUGCAUAGUAAGGUUAAUAUUAAUAUUAAAUGUUAGCAGUUCUAAAAAUUAACUCUGAACGUCACCAUGCCACCACAGAAACUUUUAGGCAAGACAUCACGCAUUGUAGCAUUGUGCUCGUUGGCAAAUUUUAUAAACGCAGCAGAUCGUGUGAUCAUGCCUAUUGCAAUCGUUCCAAUGACUGAUGAAUUUAAGUGGAGUCUGCAUUGGCAAGGCUGGAUAUUAUCAGCAUUUGCUUUUGGUUAUUUUACUAGUCAGGUAAUCGGAGCAUGUGCAGCCAGCAGGUUUGGCGGCAAAGCAGUGCUUCUGUUUGCCGUGUUCCUGUGGUCGGUCUCCACUUCCGUCACGCCCCUGCUGGCCACGUCCGUGCCAGCUCUGAUAUUCUGCCGAGUUCUGCUGGGGCUCGGUGAAGGGCUGGGACUGCCCACCAUUUUCCACAUUUUCGCCCAUAAUGUUCCGAUCGAGGAGCGGUCCAGAGCGUUCGGGUACCUGGUGGCUGCGGGCUCGGUUGGCCAGACAGUUGCUUCUGUGCUAUGCCCCAACAUGCCGUGGCAGAGCGGCUUCUACUUGUUUGGGAUGAUGGGCAUCCUGUGGGUGUUCAUCUGGCUGGUGUUCUACAAUGAUGCCACUUCCGCCCACCAGGACGAGAUACCGCUCUUCGUUCCGAAGGUGGUGAACACGAACGUGAGGUGGGCGGAAUUCAUCUGCCACUGGCCGCUGUGGGCGUUGUACAUUGCGCACUUCGCCAUGAACUGGUCCAACUACAUCAUCAUGCAGUGGCUGCCGACGUACCUGGCCCGCAACUUGGGGGCCAACAAGGAGAGCAUCAGCCUCACGGCCGUGCCGUACGUCGUGAACUCUCUCGUCGGCAUAGUGGCUGGUCAUUUCGCUGACACGCUGGUGAGGCGACGGUGGACGGUACUGUCCGUCCGCAGGCUGAUGACCAGCGUGGGCCUGCUCGGGCCAGGCAUCUUCCUGCUCGCGUUCUGCACCGUCAACAACCUGCUGGCCGCCGUCGUAUUCGUCUCCAUUUCGAUGGGCCUUUGCGCGUGCAACUCCGCGGGCCACCUCAGCAACCACGCUGACAUCGCCCCCAACCAUGCCGGCAUCACGUUUGCCAUCUCCAACACGCUGGCGACCAUCCCGGGCAUCCUGUGCGGGCCGCUGACCGCGGAGCUGGUGACAACGUCGCACGGCCGCUGGUUCCCGGUGUUCGUGCUGGCGGCGGGCGUCAACUUCACAGGGGCCGUCAUCUACUACAGCCAGAGCUCCGCCGCCCAGGUGCUGUGAGGCCGGGCUGGAGCUCUCGCGGCCUGGCGACGGGUUGCGGACGGUUUUUGGUCUCGUGCGCGCACGUUGGGUUACGAUUUGCCGACAGAGUUGAUGAGUUCAGCAACGCCGAGUGUGUGUACGUAUUUACAAAUGGUAUUCUCGCAGGUACACGUUUUAUGUCGUUAAAUUUAAAGCGCUAGUUUUUACCCAGACUAAAUUGAAUCUGUAUUAGGUACCUAAUGAAAAGUGAGGAGUUUGUCUGUUUUUGUAAUUCGCUGUGCGCGAAGAUGUUGAGGCCUAGAGCCGUGGAAUUUGGCAUGCGUACCCUUCAGCCACCUCAAAAGCAAGUUUUCAAAAUUUAACUUAGUUUUUUUUUUUUUAAUAAAAUUUUUUUUUACAGAUUUUUAACCACAUUUUCCUGAUCAUUUCCAUGGCAACGGCUAUCGCAUCAUUGAUGAUGCUUUCUUUGUCUCCUGAUAACGGCUACUGCAUUGUUGAUGCCUUAUUCACGUUCGGAUCGUAUUCCAUUCUCUCUGUAAUCAUUAUCUCUGAUAUCAUAGUGACACUGUAUUGUUGGUUUAAUUAAUGUGAAUUUAAAGGCUUUUAAGGAUUUUAAAUUUCAAAAUGCCAACUUAAGUUAAAUUUUUUUUAUCUAAGGUAUAACAUUUUUUUUUGUGUUUCACGAGUUGAUUUUUGAAAUUUGAUUGUGUUUAUUUUUUUUUGUUCAUGGUGCAUCAUUGACGUUAUAAUGGGCAGUGUGAGAGUGUUGUUUCUGUAUACUCCGUAGCAAAGCGCGUUUGCAUCGACCAGUAAUGAAAUAAUAUUAAACACUUAUUGCAUUGAAAUAUGGACGUACAAAAUCCACUCCCUAUAACUUUUUUUUUUUCCUACAGUUUUGAUAGGUGAGCUGUUCUGUGUUUAGUAAUCACAAUAUUUUACUGUGCAGCUUGUGCAUUCAGAAUAUAUAUGCCUCUCUUUUCCACCAACAAAGUAACAAUGAAAUAGACUGUGCACUAGCGUUAACACUUGAAGAGCAGAGACUUAAACUGUAGUUACGAGUGAUGCUGGGAAGAUCAGAGCACUAGGAAUGAAGUAUAUGAGAAGUAUUUUGGCAGUUACGGGGCGAGACAGGCUCAGAAAUGAAAUGGUGAAAGGAAGCAAGGGAGUACUGGACUUGAACAAGAUCGUGGGAAAACCAAGAAUGAAAUGGUGUAGCCAUAUCCAGAGAAUGGGAAAAGAGAGGCUGCCUAGGAAAAUGAUGGAGUUGAAGUAAACAGGAAGAAGACCCCCAAGGAAGGCCAAGGAAGAGGUGAGAAGAGCAGAUAUUUAAAUGAGUGCAGGCGAGAGGAGAAGGGGACGAAUAGUAGAGUGACAGAGGAUUUAUUUGUAUUUAAUUUGUAAUUUGUAUUUAUUUAUAUUUAAGGAUUUAUUUGUUUAAUUGAACUGUAAAAAAAUUAGGUUUUUAUGGUGCUGCAGCUGGUACAAAUUUUGAGUUUAUAAAAUCAUCACCACCACUUUUGUUUUUCCAUUCUGCUUAAAUUGAAGUAAGUGUUUGAUAUUUUGUUACUAAUUUACGAAAGUAUGUACCUAUGUACCUACACUGUCGAAUUACAUUCUUGUAUUGAAUAAUUUUGACUAAUGUUUGUGUCUGUUGGAGUGCAAUUUCGUAAACAGUUGUACUAGCUUGGUCUUGAUAGUCCUGUUUAGGAGCGUUCACAGAAUUAAAGUUCCUUUGCGGUGAAAAGGGGGUGGGGGAGAACAUCUUUGCCUGCUGUUGCUUUCAAAUUCUUUCCUUUUGUUUUUUGUUGGUGAGAAUGAUAGAAUUUUUAGUAUUUCGUGGCGGAGGGGGGGGGGGGGGGGAGAUCUCCCUUCCAGUAUACGCCCCUAGUUCCUGUUGGUAAAUCAUAGGCCAGUGUUACAGUCAUCCGCAGAUGACAAGAAUCUGUCAAUAUCAUCGUGUGUUGCAAUUUUUUCUCCCGAAAUUCAUUUUUCGGUAGUGCAACCUCAUUCUGGGAUAUAAAACAAGUUUACUUAUGGAGCGAUUAUUAUUUUGGUGAUAAAUAUUUUUGAAAUAAAGUUGUGCCACUGGAAUUCAAGAUCAUAUCCUGUGAAGUGUGUUUUUAACUGAAAUGUUAUCUGUACCCUAAUCACCUUUUUUUUUUUUGCAGAGAAUAGUUAAUUUUCUUUCUGGUGUGGAAAAGGAAGGUGGUAGGGGAAUGAUGGCCCUUGCAGCUACUUCUUUAUAUCCAUGUUCAUGUAUCAAAACUGAGUCUCAGACAAAAUUUUUUAGGUAACUGUACAAUUAUAUCAUAUCAACAUCAUAUAUUAAAGUGAUUUAUUUUUUGCAUAAGUUUUUUUGUUAUGCAUUUUUAUUUUGUUUGUACAACCCCCUAUUUUUUAACAUAGUUAGUUCUUUUAUGUUAAAAAAAAGCUAGUUACAUGUAAAAAAUAUAUAUAUAAUGGAUUUUUUAGCAUUAUAACUUGUUUCUGAUAUUCUUAUUUUCCUUGUCCUUAUACAACCUUGGUAUGUUUGUAUUUAACAUUUAAGAUACUUAAGUCAAUAAGUUAAAUAAUAAUAUAUAAUAUAUCUUUUGAGGGUUGUACAGCUUGAGCAGGCAUAUACGUACUCACGAAGUGACUCAUUGGUAGGAUGUGAUUUUCACUUUGAUUGUGCAGUAGUCAUAUACUGAACAGGAUAAAAUGUUAUAACAGCAAGAGUAAAAACUGGACUAUCAGUGUAAUAAUUCUGUCAGAGAGUUUAGACACUUCAUUGCCCAGUCAAGUGGUUAUCACUACUGUACUACGUGCUUCGUUGGUACAUAUUCACCAGUGUGUGCAAACUUGAUGCAGAAAAUUCUCAUAAUUGUGAAGACUUGCAGAUGUGGAAAUGUAGGUUGCUGUAUAGCUCCCUUCUCGAGACCUCUGCGUGAUGUACUUUAAAACACGGAAUAAAAGUAUUUGCAGUUGA